AUGGAUAGUUUCGAGUCGCAGAAUGCGGCUGAGUGGCAGUCUGUCACACGCAAGAAAAAGAACCAUCACUCGUCCAGACCUGAGCCCCCCUCAAGCCAUCCUUCGCGCGUUCAACCGCAACACCGGACACACGCCCCGACGAUCCGCAAUGCUGGGGUCACUCCUACUGUUUCUGCGGGCUCAUCUGCUCCUGCUCUUAACCGGCCAAGGCCAGCGGGGGAUGUUCUCAUCGACCUGGCGUCCUCGGACGAACAGCCCACGCGCAAGACACCGAUCAACUGGUCGAAUCCGUUUGCCUCGCUCGCGUUUGGAGAACCUGCCUCUCCAGCCAACUCAGCCCCAAUCCGCAACAGGCAUGACAAACAACACGUGUCAGGUGGCAGUACCGUAAAUGGAACGUUGAUACAGAAGAUCCACUCUCGGAGGACUUCUUCUAAUCUUGACGACUUGAUCGAGCUUGACCCAAGCUUCUCUCAGACGCCAUCUUCAGCAGGGCUUCCCACAUCUCCAGGUGAAAGCGCUAUAACAGAUGGACCGCCACGGCAAAGCUCUACCCGUCGUCUUGAUGAAGAUGUGCCUCUCUUUAAGAGAGAAGAGGACGAGGCUUGGUUCAAAGCACAGUCGGAUAAAGAUACAGCUCCGGCCAUGUCGCAAACUGUGAGCGGCAAUACAUACCGCCAUCACUUUGAACGGCCGGGACAGUUGAUCUAUCCUGUUGGUAUGCCUGCCACACCGUCCUACCGUGGUCGCGCUAGCUCUCAAACCCGUGGUGAUCGCCGUGGUCACAGCCGUGAUGAACCUCGCAGCCGUGGUGGACAACAUACUCAUGGCGAGCGCCGUGAGUCUCGAUCUCAUGUGUCACAACGCUCUUCACAAAGCUACUCAGGGUCUGAAGGUACUCCUGGAACGGCGUUUCAACAGUCUCGCGGUAAAAGCUCUACACGUGGCCACGGCUAUAGCCCUCGUGGUUCUCAUGGUCUUCGUGGCCGGAGUACCCACACUGACUUUAGCUCAGUUGCUAUGCGCGGAAACUCAUCCUCCAUACGCAAAGUUGCGCGAGAGUCCCCGUGUGCGAUGAGCGAUUGGCCUGAAGAAACAUCCCUUGCGGCGAAAGUUGUAGGAGCCAUCGAAUCUGAUGAAAAGGUUCAGUCUCUUGCCGUCUAUCACGACACUACAGCUACCACCGAGUGGAGGAAGAAGGGCAUGCGUCCUGGCAGAGUCUUUGCACUACCGAAACAUAUCAACUUGGCUGGGCAGAGUUUCGAUAAGAAUUCAAGUUCCAAGCCGGCCAUCGCUCGCCCUGCAGAAAUCGCCAUGAUCACGAACACCCAUAUCGAUCAAGUGUGGGGGCCACAUAAACAGACGAAGACUGCGAAGCUUCUUAUCUACGGCAGCGACGAAGCAGUUACAGAAGCAGUCAAACUCAUCAUCGAGUGGCUGCGCGAGAUCGAAAUUAGUGCGCGCGCGGGAGGUGAAAUGUGGGCCAAGGUCUGGGGAUACAACCCGAAAGCUGAGAGGAAACUUCGCAAAAGACUCCUGAGAGAUGAAGAGCGUAGGAAGUACCGACAGACGAUAUCGGAAGGUGAGGUCCUGGCACAUAGCGCUCACUUCAUUUGGCCACUGCCUAAAGAGCCGGAGCAAGUCUUGGGCAUGAACUUUGAGGCCCUCGACCCCAUACGCAUGAAUUGCGAGUGCUACAUUACUUGCGAAAGGAGCUUUCGCACGAUCCUCAAGAUCCAAGGCAAUGUCGAACAAAAGGUGAAGGAAGCAGCGGAUCGACUGCAGUGCUUGCCCGUGGAGUGGGACGCAAAGAGGUUCGAAGCGGAGCCAUUCGUCAUUCUAGAUACCCCAUACGCUUUUGAUCCCGAUGAUCUACCUCCGGUCAGCAUGGUUCCAUACCGUUUUCCCCGACAGCUUGCUGCACAUCCGGCCUCGACACAUGAUGCAUUCACUUUCCGCUUCCAGCAUAAGCUUCAGCAGCAUCAAGCUCCAUACGCCGCUUCGGAAGACUCCCCGGCGGGAAAGCUGCUCGAGGCCGUUGUGAAUACCACUAAGCACGCUCGCUACUUCCGCAAUUUCCUUAAGCUGCAUCUCCACUUGGGGACCUUUGCGGCGCGGAAGUAUUUUGAGCGUGACAUCAACGAAACCACGUAUUCUUUCCCUGUUUUUGCGGAGAUGAUGGAAGAACCUGACAGGAUGGAUGCAAAGGUCUCCAAAGAGAUCGGUGACCCGAUUGUGGAGCGCCACAUCCUUACGAGGUGCUUUGAAUCGUCGCAUAUCCUGGCACCUCAAGACGCGUGGACCUUGAGUUUAUCUGACGUCCAGCCCGUGUAUUGCGCAACUUUCGAGAUUGCCAAUCCCGCAGGUCAGGCUGGAGACUUCAUUCUGGACGUCGAGCUGGUAGCCGAUGCCAGCGGCACUGACAUAGUGUCUAAAAGCUGGUCUCAACUGGCGAAGGGCAAAAGUGAGCCUUGCAAGUUGUUGGAUGGCAGCAUCAUCAGCUUGGAGAAUGGCGGUCUCGCGUGGAAUCUUGAGAUGGAAGAGUACAUGACUGUGGAUGAGCGUGGCCUGUCCCCCGAUUACCAUCUCUUUCCAAACACAUUGAGGCUGGACACCGCGGCCGCGAACGACCUCACAAGCGGACACGACUUCAUCGUCUAUCGGAGGAGCAAAGAUCGAAUAGUAAAAGUCCCGAUCAAAUCAGUCCGACAGAAGCGAUGCUGGAGGUUCAACACAAUCGGGAGCAUGGGCGAGUGGGUCGUUGAAGUUGCUCACGUGGGAAAGACGACAAUUGGUAAUGACGGCCAACAGAUCCCAUAUGAGCCGCGAUGGACCUUCAACGUCUUCAACAACAGCUGGGACAAACUAUUAACCAGCAACUCCCGGACAGAGAUUGGUCGGGCUGCGAAAUGGGGUUCCGGAGAUUCCGCUAACCUUCUUUUCCCCAUGAACCCGGACAACUCUGCUCUUUCAGGUGUCGCUCAACAAGACGAUGAGGUAUCCUCCGAAGGUUCUGAAGCUGAAGAUGACAACCGACUAAAUGAUGCUGAUCCGGAGGAAUUGGAUAAUCUCUCCGACGAACCGCCCUCUCUCCAGAACUUCGAACAGCUUCUGGAUCUACUUCGCGCGCUGACUAAUGUCGCGGUAGGCAAACCUCAUUCGAGAAGCUCCACUGACAGAGCCAACGAGUUUAUUAAUGAGGCCUGA